AUGGAGAAGAAAAGUUCGCCCAACGAAUCCCUGGGUGCGACCACAGAGACCUCCGGCUGCCACCUGGCUGAGCCUUCUCAUUUCCAGCUCACUUCGAUGCCCUCUGUUCCCAGAGAUACCACUGGAAGAGCUGCUUCCCUUAGCCAGGAAGAGUCGGGGUCCCAGCAGCCUUCCCAGCAGGCCUCCCACAUUUCCUCCUCCUUGCGCAGUGCUCCAUUGCAGGUCCCCGAGCAGCUUUCCGAAGAAAGGCCGCAUGGAACUGGCCGAGGUGCUUCCCUCCCAUCUCUGGAUGAGGUUUCUUCUUCCCAGUGCACCACCCAGGGAAUGGGUCACCAGCAUGCAGCGACGUUCUCUAGCCUGCAGUCUGGGACUAGGAAAAGUGUGAUCUGCUUUGCGGGCAUCUCCUUUGAGAGUGCUCUCCAGGGGACCCAGGCUGUUUCCUCUACCUCUAAGUCUCCAGAGGGGUCUGUCCCAGCUCCGAGCACAGCUGAUCUGGCUAAAGGCGGCCAGGGGCAAGGCCAGGUAAGUCCAGAUUGAGAGGUAUGGAAAGGGCUUUGAGGCUUUGUAAUGCAGCAGCGGCUUAUCAGAACUCACAAGUUAGGAAGUCCUAUGUUAUAGUGCCCAUCUUCUUGUUAUGUCCUGUUGGUGGGGAGAAUCGUGCCGUUUUCCUGUGGGUGGGCAGCCAGCCAGCAGCAGGCUGGCAGGUGGGCCCAGGGAAAUGGCUUUGUUGGGGGGAGCCUCAGAACUCGUCCUCUGCAUGUUUGUUCCCUGUUGCCCCAAAGUGGGAACUGUCUUGCAAUUCAGGCUUGUGGCACACAGGUAGAGAAGGGGAGCCGUUUGUCUCUUCAGAUGCCUGGGAGAAGAGAGCAGUGGGUGGGGGCAGCCUCUGCUCCCCUUCUAGAAAGGAGGCCUUUGCCAACAUGGGUGCAAUUCUGCUCCAUAUGGGGAAAGUGUUUCUCCAUCAUGGACUUGGGGGGAUGCUGCUGCCAGUCAAUAUGGGCUUUGAGGGAUUUUUUUUUUACUGUAGACCUGUUUAUUCUGCUGCAUUUCAAUGUUUGCCUAUUUUCGGACCUAGUUGUAAAGUACCUUGAGAUUCCCACAUAAGAGGUUGCAGGUAAAUACUGUAAAAAUAAUAACUCCCCCCCCCCAUCAUGUCACAAAGUCAAUUGACACAGAGCCUAAAAUAAUGCCAACGAGCUCUUCUACCUGCAAGUGCAACAUCAGCCCUUCAACACAUCAGCAUGAUGUGCAGUUGUCACACGGCUACGACUCAUAAGCCAUGAAUGCAGGUCUGAAUAGUGCCCCUUUGGAAACCCCCACCCUCCAUGCAGAAAAAUAGCAUCUGCCCCUGAAAUCCUUUCAGUAUAAAGUGCAUGAAUGACAGGCAGCUAAAAAACUGUCUCCUCGGCUAUUUGGCUCAUGUGUCUCAUAGAACAAACUCCGUGGACGAAAACAGCCUUGCCAGGAAUGUGAGCCGACUUUAAUCCAGCCUGCCCUGAAAUAUCUCAGAAGUGAAGCAGGAGAAAGAGGCCCAGUUUAUGGCGGUGAGCUGACUUGGUUUUGAGUAGGAGGGUGUGCGCUGCAGGGGACUGGUCUCCUUAUGUGAAUAGGCUGGACUACAAAAUCUCUGGCUGCUCUUAUAUUAUUUUCCUGUAAGGCUGCAGUUAGGUUAGUGAGUGGCAGGCUAUUGCCUGUCUUGUGUAUCAGCAGCACUGUAGAGUCAGGCCAGAUGGCAAAUCCUGAUAGUUGGGGUCGGGAUGCAUAUGGAAUGGGUUGGGGAAAGAGGGGUGGCCACUUCCAAUCUACCAGGAAGCAUUUUUCUGCUGGAGAAGCAGCUUGCACCAGCAAAGGGAGGCAGCACUCCACAGAAAACCUCUCUGUCAUACAAGGAGAUCCUUGGGCUGGGAGGGGGCUGGAAGUGACCAUAUUCCAGAUGAGGGGGAGCAUGAAGCGAGGCUCUGGGCUUUCGUUUCGUGUUGGAAUGGAGAUGUAAAAUCACUUCUUUUGUAUUCAGGUCAGGACAAGAGAUCCACACCUGGAAGCUUGAUGGCAGCUGAAGGGAUCCACGGUGAUCCAGGACAAGCUGCACUUGCUGCUCAGGUAAGGGCAGAAGGAGGCUUACCAGGCGUCCCCGGUUGCCAGAGAGAGUCCCCAGAUUCAGCAAUCUGUCCCCGGCAGAAAUUUGUCCCCGGAACGUCCCCGGAUUUACGCCUGGGGACUUCCUGCGCUGCAACACGGCUGACGCCAUGGCAGCAAGCAGCAUCGGAGGUCCCGACUACAUCCGGGGACAAUAAUUAAAUCCGGGGACAUUCCAGCCAGCCAAUCCGCUGGCUGGGGGGGUGCCCCAACCUUGCUGCAGCCGCCACUGAGGAGAGGGAGAGCCCGACCCGAGAGAGCAGACCCAGAGGAAGGUCUGUCUGCUUUAACGCCUCAUUGCUGAGCAAAAAACAGCGUUCUUGGCCGUUCCUGUGGCGUACACCCCUCCCCCCUUUUCUCCAGCUGGACGGCUUGUCUUUGGGGCGUUGAGGCAAAGCACAGCAGAGGGGAUCCCCUGCCCCCCCCACUUUGUGGGAGAGCUUGCUUGCAGAUAGGGAUAGCGCACGGUUGGAGAUCCUUUUAUUUGUAAUUGCUCUGGUUGCUUAGAAGGGUAGUUGGCGGAUGAAGUUAAUCAAGUCAACUUUAAUCGUUUAACCUGCCAGAAAAAGGGCCAGUUUAAAACAGCGGCUGUCUAGUUCACAGAGUUCCUGAACAAGCAUGCAUGGAAACACCGGUUUCUAUAACAACUGAAAUGUGCUUCAUUUGCAACUAAGUAGAGCCUCUCUGCUAAUGCAGAGCACAAUCCACAGCUCAGGCAAGGCCAUUUAUAUACCCAGAAUCCAGAGCAGCCUUUUCUCCUACUCCUCUGAAGUACCACCACUGCAACACCAGCGCUUGGCCUUCUGGCACCUGCAGGCUAGGGAAAGAGCUCUUUGGCACCCUGGGGUGGAGCUCCUUCUCAGCAAUAGCACUGUCUGCUCAUUCCCAACUUCUUCAACCAGUGCCUCUGUGCCUUCUGUAAAUGUCUGGAGUAAAUGUCUAGCAGGAAGUGUCUGUCCUCUCCAGCAUGUUGAAAUACUGAAGAAGGCGUCCAAUAGCCCUAAGACGGGGGCGGAAACAGUACUUAAGGAUGAUCAAGCAUUGCGUAUGAAGGUCCAGGAGCUUGAAGAAAAACUCCAGGCGUUGCCUGUAAUACUCCAGGAGACCCAAGCCAGAGGUAUUUUUGAGAAUCCUGUCUUCACAAAUUCCGGGGACAUGGCCCUCCCAGUGUUAAGGUGGGGAGGUGGGGUUGGGAGUUUGCAGAUAAGAGUCAAAAGUUAAAAAUGUAAAGGCUAAUGGAAUUCUAUUUAAAAAUCAAAAGUCGCUGUGGUGAUUCAAGUUAUAGUGUCAGACAAAAGGCAAGAUGAAAAAGAAAAGAUAAGGAAGAGAGAAAAGAGAUAGAGAGAAAAAGAAGAAAGAAAGAAAAAGAAAACACAAAAAAUCCUACUGGAAAUGGUUGUUUGUUUGUUCAGAAAAGGGAAGGAAAAGAAAAAAAAAACCAUUGUAAUAAGUAAAUAGAAAAAGGGGGGAGUGGGGAUGGAAAAGUAGAUAUAUAUAUAGAAUUCUUUAAUGAGAAAUUAAAAAAAACUUUUUUUAAAAAAAGAGAAAGUAAUAGUAAUGAAAAUGACUAAAUGAGUAAGAAGUGAAUAGAAAUGGAUGAAUAAUGAGUAAUAAUGUAUUAAUAAAAAAGGGAGGGUUAUGUGUAUAACUAAAGAAGAAGGAGAAGAGAGAGAGUGAGAGAGAGGGGGGGGACAAGAAAAAGGGGCAGUUUGAAUUCUCCUGUGGGACCCCCAGGGCUUGGUGUCGGGUCCCUAGGUCAGGGCUGAGGCGGCGGUUCCAGGAAAAGGGCUCCAGUGGUUCAGGCACCUGGGUUCAUAAGGCUUUAAAAUACUGAUAAGAAAUGGACUGAAAAUAAACUAAAUAACAUAAAGCACUGGCAGGGGAGGGUCCACGCCGGGUUCUUCUAGCCCCCAGCCAGGCCCCGGUGCGCGGUUCCUCUGCUCUUUUGCUCCAGCCGCUGGUGAUAUUGGCUUGGGGUCGGACCUGGGCUGGGUGGGGCAUUCCCUCUGGGCUUCCCUGUCUCUCCCGAUCCCCUCCUAUCGUUCUCUCCCCCCCCCAUGUUACCUGUGGGGGCGCCUUACCAAUACAGUCGUACCUUGGAUCCCAAACGCCUUGCGACUCAAAUGUUUUGACUCCCAAACGCCACAAACCCGGAAGUGAGUGUUCCGGUUUGUGAAUGUUCUUUGGAGCCCAAAUGUCCGACGGGGCUUCCGCGGCUUCGGAUUGAGUGCAGGAAGCUCCUGCAGCCAAUCGGAAGCCGUGCCUUGGUUUCCGAAUGUUUGGGAAGUCAAACGGACUUCUGGAAUGGAUUCCGUUUGACUUCCGAGGUACCACUGUAUAUCUUCUCGGAGCAGGGGCAAUCCCAUUGCCGCCUUCAGUUCUGGUAAAGCUAAGGAUUGCUUGUGCAGAUCUUGAUGCCUUCAAGGCCGAGGCUGUCAUCUGAUGAGACCCAGUACUCCUAUGAGAGAAGCAACCUCUUGUUCCGCUCGGUUCAGGUUACGUCUUUUCAGGUUGCGUCCCGCGGCGACCCGAAAGUAACGGAACGGGUUACUUCCAGGUUUCGCUGCUCGCACAUGUGCAGACGCUCAGAAUGACGUCACGCGCAUGUGCAGAAGCGGCAAAUCGCGACCCACACACGUGCAGACGCGGGUUGUGUUCUGCUCAUGAUGCGAACGGGGCUCCGGAACGGAUCCCGUUCGCAACCAGAGGUACCACUGUAGUUGAAAUGCCUGACUUGUUCAAUGGCUUGUCCAUUUAGGAGCCAUUUCUGCUUCCUGGGCUGUGCCCCCAAUACUACGGCUUUUGUCUUGGAAUAAUUUGUAUUCAAAUCUUUGUUACGACACAGUCUCCCAAAGUUCUUUAGUAAUCGCCUCAUACCCACUUGCGUUUGUGCUAACAACACCGUAUCGUUGGCAUGUAGCAAAAUGGAUACAUUAUGGGAUAAAACUGAAACAGGGAAAUAUCUGGCCAUUUGGGUUCCUUUAUUACAUCAUUUACAUAAAUGUUAAAAAGCAGAAUUUUAGAAAGUAUUUCAAAGUGUUUAAAAUGAUUUAGGAAUUAUAAGGUUAACUUUUUAAAAAAGAUAUUAAAUAAGUUUCAAAAGCCUUUAUGUGUAACUACUGAUGAUGUUGGGGGGUGGGGGGUGGCGGCAGCUGUGGUUGUAAGACUCCCUUAAAACUGAUUUACAGUGCUGGCUCUUGGGGAUUGAAAGGGCACAUAAAAAGGCCUUGCCUCAAAUUAAAGAAAAACCAACAAACCACCCCAGUCAAGCAAUUAAAAAAACCAGCUUGUGGAGCUCAGAUGAACAAGUCCCACUUUGGUGCAACUUGACAAGAAUGACAUGCACAGACGCUCCCUUCUUUUUCUCAGUGAUAGGAGCUCAAAUACAGCAUAUGGUUGCACAUACCAGGCACCAAUUUUAAUGGUGGUUCUUUGGCUUUUCCUUCAGGUGAGGAACACGAGGAGGAGGAGGAGCAGCAGCAGCAGGAGGAGAAGCAAAAAUAA